UUCGAAAUUAAAAUCCGUAGAAAUGACUAAAACUAAAGUGUUAAGAACAGCACCAUCUAGCGUUCGGAAAAUUGUCUUAAAAAAGUAUGAAAAAAUGAACGAAGCGCAACAAGAGAAAAACAGAUCACGCAUGGCAAAAAUCGGCGCUUGCGCUCAAUUGAAAAUUCCUAAUUUUAAUUAUUCUACGUCGGCUGUUUUAAUGGGAACGAAAGACGACCCAUGCGAUUCAAAGAGACCGGCAGUGAGUAACGGCGAUACUAAGUCCAAGGAUAAUCAAGGAUUACCUGUGAAAUCAAUACCAGGUGCUAAAGGACAAAUUAUUGCAGUAAUUGGCGCAGUCGUCGACGUACAGUUUGACACGCACUUGCCACCAAUUUUGAACGCUUUGGAAGUGCCGGACAGAAAGCCUCGUCUUAUCUUAGAAGUGGCACAACAUUUAGGGGAGCGGACUUGCAGGACUAUUGCUAUGGACGGCACCGAAGGUUUGGUACGUGGUCAACCCGUUACCGACACGGGUGCGCCUAUCACUAUACCCGUCGGCGAACCGACGCUAGGACGGAUCAUUAAUGUUAUUGGAGAGCCUAUUGAUGAACGUGGUCCCAUCAAGACGGACCAGUAUGCGCCGAUUCACGCUGAGGCGCCGCCUUUUGUCGAAAUGUCUGUCGAGCAAGAAAUCCUAGUUACGGGCAUUAAAGUAGUAGAUCUCCUGGCGCCUUACGUUAAAGGUGGCAAGAUCGGAUUGUUUGGUGGAGCGGGCGUCGGGAAGACGGUGCUUAUCAUGGAAUUGAUCAAUAACGUUGCCAAAGCACAUGGAGGAUUCUCGGUGUUCGCGGGUGUGGGCGAGCGAACUAGAGAAGGUAACGAUUUGUACAACGAAAUGAAAGUCGGAGGCGUUAUAACGGACGAUUAUAAAACCUCUAAGGUGGCGCUAGUAUACGGUCAGAUGAACGAGCCGCCGGGCGCGCGGGCUCGCGUAGCUCUUACCGGUCUUACGGUCGCCGAGCAUUUCCGCGACAAAGAGGGACAGAACGUGCUACUCUUUAUUGAUAACAUAUUCAGAUUCACGCAAGCCGGCUCAGAGGUGUCAGCGUUACUGGGACGUAUUCCAUCAGCGGUGGGCUAUCAGCCUACACUAGCGACGGACAUGGGCACAAUGCAGGAACGCAUCACCACCACUAAAGCUGGCUCUAUCACUAGCGUGCAGGCGGUAUACGUCCCAGCAGACGAUCUAACGGACCCAGCGCCGGCUACAACCUUCGCUCAUUUAGAUGCUACCACAGUGCUCUCUCGAGCUAUCGCCGAGUUGGGUGUCUACCCUGCGGUGGACCCUCUCGACUCUACUUCCAGGGUCAUGGAUCCGCAUAUCAUUGGACAAGAGCAUUAUAACGUGGCUAGAGGAGUGCAGAAGAUUUUACAGGACUAUAAGUCGCUGCAGGACAUCAUCGCAAUCCUCGGCAUGGACGAGCUCUCUGAAGAGGAUAAGUUGACAGUGGCUAGGGCGAGGAAGAUACAGCGCUUUCUCUCACAGCCAUUCCAGGUGGCUGAAGUAUUUACCGGUCAUAUCGGCAAAUUGGUGAAAUUAGAAGAAACUAUCAAAGGAUUUCAACGGAUACUAAAAGGAGAGUUGGAUCACAUCCCAGAAGCAGCAUUUUAUAUGGUGGGAACUAUAGAAGAUGUCAUUGCCAAGUCACAAACGUUAGCUAAAAAUGUUUAGAAGUAACUAAUAUUGUUCAUCGUCGAAACACUUGUUUCUUGUU